AUGGGCGGUCUUGGCUUGAAGCUUCUCAGGAUCUGCGCUGCCAGCUUUGUUGGGUCUGCUGGCAUCCAGCCCCAGCUUUUCGGUCCAGAGAACGCCAGCCUUCCUUUCCCAGCAUGGUCCGGUGGCCUUGACAUCCUUUCCGCUGAUCCGCCCAUCUUUCUCCUGCGCGGCUUCAUCUCUGGUGGGGAGGCCGAGAGGCUUCUGCGAGACUAUGAGUUGGAGCUGAUCCCGGAGUUUGUGCGUUCUGCCAAUGACACGAGUGCGCCGGCGUUUCAGCGCUGCGUGCGGCGAUUCCCAGCCUCCUUCUGUGAGUCCGUUCCAGCGGCCGGCGACCGCUGCGACUUCCAAACGGACCGGCGGGUUUAUGCAAGCCAGGCCAUGGUGAAGGUUCACGAGAGGGUGGCUUCGACCGUGGGGGUGGCGGAGGACCACGUGGAGGAAGCCUGGCUCUUCCACUGGGACAAGAAUCGCCGAGGGCAAGAUCUUCACAUGGACACGUACCACCACUUCCAGUUCCCGCCGCGCAUCGCCACGGUCUUGGUGCGACUGCGGGACGACCCCGUGGGCGUGGCUUUUCCUCUGGCAAAGUGGCCUGCAGCGCAUGCCCUUGCGGAGGAUGAGAAUCUUGUUGAGAAGCUCACCAAGGAGGGUAACGAGCUGCCGUGGCGCGGAAGCGGGACCGGGCGAAGCUUCAAGUCGCUGGGCUACCUGGACGAAGCCUUUGCAGAGGUCUGCCGCAAGGCUCCGUUGCGGCUCCGCAAAGGGGAUGCGCUUCUCUACUACCACCUCCUGGGCGACAGCAAGGUGAACAUGCGUUCCGUGCACGCGUCGUGUGCCACAGAGACUGCAGAUGCAGCGAAGAUCUUCAUGGCCAAGUUCGUUCGCGGUGGCUCCUUGCUAGGACCCUACGACUCCUUGCGAACGCCUCCUGUGCCCUCGGAGUUGCGGGCCUGGAUGGACUGGCGACAGGAGCGCAGUGGCUUGGACACAGCUGCCAUCUGGAUCGACGGGGCGGACCACGGCCUGCUGGAUCCGACUUUCUGCCAACAGCAAAAGAAGCCAUGGUUUGUACGUCCAGCACAUGUUCCGGGGGGGCUCCCAGUUCUGUUCUGUGGAGAGCCACGCGAGAUGGAGUAUGUCCGGCGAAUGCCAGGGGAAAGCUUCGAGAUUCAUGUCGUCAUAGCCAACACCGGGACAAGACCCUGGCCACCCGGGACAGUGCUGUCGUUGCGGGAUGGGCACACUAUGGGAGGCCCUGUUGGUCUGAGACUGCAGGAGGUGCCCGUGGGCAGCACUGUGCCCCUGGCUCUCCAACUUCAAGCUCCCAGUGAGCCGGGCACAAAGGCGUACAGCAUCUGGAGCCUUGCGGACGGAGAGCGCGUGCCCUUCGGGGCCUUGCUCUGGGUGGAUGCCGCCGUCGCAGAAAACGAAGAGGACAAUUCGGCGGCGCCUGGUGCCAGCGAGACUCUGCCAGAUUAUCCGCGGGGGGCUUGA